CAACAGGUUGAAGUAAAUUACUUUAGUAGGUACCUUCUUUAAAUAUAUAUUUAGCUAUUAUCUUCAGCGAUGGCUGAAGAAUUGGAAAAAGUUCACUUAUUUUAUGACGACAUAAACAAGAUUAGGAUAAUCGAUAACAGUGUGAUCAAAGAUACUGAAGAUAUAAAAGAGGCAAGCAAGGACUACGAAUUAAAGGUUAAUGAUUUUAGCAAGAUUAUUAACUCACUAUUAGACACAAUGAAGGAGUUGGGCGACAACGUGGAAAAACAAAAGAUGGCGGCCAUUGGUUCAAUGAAUUUGCUUAAAACUAUAACGAAGGAAAGAGAAAGUGAGCAAGCUAAAUUACAGGCCGAGAUCAGUUACAAAACAAUGACCCUUGAACAACUAGAUGCCGAAUAUGACGCUUUACAGAUAUUGGAGGCUUCGCAGACGGAAACCAUUGAGUACCUAACCCAAUUACGUUAACUUAUAAAUAAACCAAUAAAUACUUAUUAU